AUGGGAUCUAGAGCCUCACACUGCACUGAUUGUAUUUUCCAGGUGUUCACCGUUGAAGAAAUGAUGCCCCACGUCCAACACAUGAAAGGAGGUCACAGUAAAAACCUUUUUCUCAAAGACAAAAAGAAGAAAGGGUUCUGGCUGGUGACUGUUCUGCACAACAGGCAAAUCAAUUUAAACGACCUUGCUAAAAAACUGGGUGUCGGAAGUGGAAACCUAAGGUUUGCUGAUGAAAACGCCAUGCUGGAAAAGCUGAAAGUGGGCCAGGGCUGUGCGACACCGCUCGCCCUCUUCUGUGACCAGGGAGAGGUGAAGUUUGUGCUGGACGCUGGCUUCCUGGAAGGCGGCCACGAAAAGGUGUAUUUUCACCCCAUGACAAAUUCUGCAACCAUGGGCUUAAGCCCUGACGACUUCUUGAAGUUUGUGAGAUCAACAGGCCACGAUCCCAUCAUCCUACAUUUUGAUGAAGACGUCAAGUAGAGGAAGCUCACAUUUCUAUUGCUGGGCAUAGAUUCUGUGGAGCAAAACUGGCAAAAGUCUCAUGACACGUAACGUUUGAAAGCACAGGCUUCCUCCCCCUUUGUUUUUUCAAUGCUGUAAGUUUGUAUUGUAUAUUCUGGCGAGAAAAAAAACCCCACUGUCUUCGGGUUUUUAAGAAUAUUCUGUUAAACUUUUAAUAAGACAAGACGUGUUUGCAAUCUACCAUUAAGUAGCCAGUAAGUAGAGAAGGUGGUGUUUAAAUAAUAUUAUACUGUUUAUUGGUAAAAUGGGUAAAACCAGAAAUUUCUGUGUGUGGUACUGGCCUUGAAGGUUUAAACUUAACAUCAUCAGGAAAUAACAAGUUAACAGUUCUAAAUUAUUUGUGAGUAUACUGAGGACAGGGAUGUCUAAAUUGUGUACCUGCACCCUUUUAUCCCCUGCUACAUGUUGCUUUUUUAAAAUUAUUUUUACCUAGAAAAACACAACUUGGCUACGCUACAGAAAACGCAUUUGAUUGUCUAGGGUUUUAGUUGCAUUUUCACUUUCACAGUAUCCUCCCCUUGGGACAGAAUUACUAAGCCCACUGGUCAUUCCCAGAUGGCUACUAGUUGCCCCGUGAGGGCGGGUGCGUGCCUCACCCAUCACCAGCGCCUCCCCAAAGGCAGAACACGAGGAGCCACCCGAGGGUGGGAGAGCUCCGAGGAAUGAGGCUGCUGCAGGUUCCUGACCCAGACCAGUACAUUCUCAAUGCCAGCUUUCUAAUUCAUUCUUUCUCCUCCUCUCCCUCGCCUAAGGGAGCAAAACCCCCUUCGAGGAGGUUUUGGGUUAAAGAGAGAAGCAGCAGAAGCUCUGUGAAGCCCAGGAAACGCCGUAGCCGGGGGAGCAGUGACAGCGAGGGCCAAAAUCUGGGGAUGGUGGGGAAAAAGGGCUUUUGAACACAGCCCAACGGAAACGUCACGUACAACCUGUGCCCGGCAGCGCCAACACAAGGUGGGACAGAACGGAAAUAAAGAAUGCAGGGGCACGAACUAAAAACACAGAAAAGGACUUGCCACCUUGGAUGACUGCUGCUCCAUCGCGCUAGAGGAUGCGAUGCUAACGGCGAUAAAGGGAAACAUUCUGAAAAAACACAAGGCAAAAAUGGGCCAAUUUGGCUCAGUUUCAUUCUGGGCAGCCGAGACAGUUCUAUGAGCUGAAAACGUCACAAACAUUUCUGUGUUGGAUUGGGUUUUUUUUCCCCUGUAGGAAAGUGAAAUCUUUUAAUUCUCCAGAAUGAACAACUACAACCGAGUCAGAAAAAAAAGAUAUACAAGGCAAGUUACUUCCCUAACACCCUCACCAGGGUUUCCUUCACUGCCGAAGGAUUUGGCACCUCUUCUCAGAGACGUGCGCUCGGCGACAGAGUACUUCCUGACAGAGCAGUUUAAAUUCUCCCCUCCGCCUUAGGAAGACACAAGCUGACCCCAACUCUCCCAGGAAUCGUCUCAAACAGCAAAGCAGCAACCAAAAAAUGCUGAAGCUAUAGGAAGGGUCACUAGAAAGGCGUCCGUAUGCAUGUGAUUUUGUAUUUAUUAAAUAGAAAGACUGAAAGGAACAGCUGGUAUUUGGGGAGUACUGGGCUGAUUAAUGGACUCUGGGUUGACGAAUGCGCUACUAAAUUAGUUUGACAUGAAGACACAGUCUUUUGUGUCUUUAAAAAUAAAAUUUGUCUUCCCUCUGCUUGCCACUCACUCUCCCUCCCCUUUAAGGUUUCUUCUUUAUGGUACCCCAAAAAUCCUUUAUCACUUAAAAAAAUUCCAAACACUAAAUUUGACUUGUCAAGGUUUUUAAAUCCAGAAAGCUUUAAAUGUGGAAAAUUGCUUUAAAGACACACGCCCAACAGCAGUUUACUAUGCUCCACGAAUCUUAAAGGGCUGUACUCCCCAAAAAGUGAUUGCCUUUGUCCUCAGAGGAGACCGAGACCUGCCUCAGCAAAACCAACCACCAAGCGAAAUCACGUCCUACAUCUGGCAAAUCUAGAGCGAUUUCUAUUUGUAUUUGCUUAUGAAAUUAGGGUCUUUUUUUUUUUUUUUUUAAAAUAAUAUCAAAAUAGCGUACAGAUAAAAGCUACACAGCUCUACACAAAUGAACACCACGGAACAAACUAUGCACUGCCCAGAAAAAUCCUGCUGCGGUUUUAUCGGCUUCCUUCUGGAAGAAACACCGAACACGUCACCGACUGAGCACAACGCCACUGCUCAACGCCAACACCCUUCGGUAACAGCGCUUCCCGGAAAAAGUGUGUAUAAAUCUACACACGAAAUAAGAAUAAAAAUUAUUUGGUUUGGCAUUUUAAUAACGUCAUUAAUAAAUGUAUACAAUGGCAAAACAUUAAAAAAAAAAUCAGUAUGUAAAGGAAAUUACAGUUUUAAAUAAGAGCUUUUGUUCGUUUCACACCUAGGUACAUUCCUUUAAGGCAGUUUUAUUAAUAUCAAAGCAUUAUUUACAUAUCCAUUAUCAUCCAACUCUCAAAAUCAUACACGAGCUCCUUUGCUGAGGCUGCAUCGGGUCUUGGAAAAAAGCUGAGCAAUGUCGCGAAGGUCACAAAAUCCUCAACAGGAAAAGCAAACAGAAGUUACGCCUUGUGUAGUGCCACCACCUCUUCCGCAAUCCGGAACCAGCGGCGACAAUUUUGGCAACCCCUGCGGCGCAAAGCCGCGCGCGUCCCCUCGGUGUGUGCCGUCCAGCAGCUGCCGCGCUCUUCCCCGGGACUCUCAGGAAAUGUGAAGCGGCUCCCAAAUUAAAUUUAUGGGGUUUAUUUUAAGGGCACAGACUGGAAAGAUGAAGAAAGAAGCUAGAAAAUCAUACAUCAUCAGAGCACAGGUGACCUGCUGACUGCGCUUCUGCUCUCUGCAAACGGUGGUGCUGGCAGGAGCAGAUUCUGAUCUCAGAAACGCGAGGGUAUUUUGCCAAAUUUAGCAAAUAACCCCAAACCCCACUCUGUCCCGACGCAGACAAGGUGGGUCGAAACCUGCUUAGGUGGACGGGCGCUAGGCAGGGCUGCGGCACACGGCUCCGACCUGUGCUAGACCCUGGCCCAGCAGGAGGAGUUCUGCCCCCAGACCCCUGCCGAUUCUCUCGCACAAGGAAACCUCGCUUCUGUUUUUGGGCGAGGGGGACUCGUUUCAAAUACGCCCCAUCAGUUAAAUAGGAAAAUUUGUGCCCACGGCCCUGGCUGUGAUUGCACAGAUGCUUUAAGGAGGUGUAAUUACAUGCAAAAAAGCAAGCGUAGAAGUCGCGACGGGACAACUUGGGACAACUUAAUGAAUAUGGAAAAGAGCUGAGCUAAUAAAUGAGGCGCCCGGAGGUGCCCGUGUGACAAAAGUGACACGGCCACGUGUGGCGAGGGCAGGUUACGUGUGGCGAGGGCAGGUUACGCGCGCCGAGGAGCGCCUGCCACGCAGUCACGGCAACGCGCCACUCUUGCCUCGUUCCCAGCGUCCCGGCGAGUCCGGUUAAACCUGAACACAGACAAAACUGCUCGGGUUCUGUGAAUGCAAACAGCAUUUGGCACUACAGCUUAAAUCUGUUCAUUCAAGACUGAAAGUAGUGACGCUGCUAAACGGUGAGGGUUUAAUAGCGUGAAAUGCAUCCGUCCUCUGCUGCCAGAGCGCGCUGGGAGAGCCAGUCACAGCCAGACCCCGAAAUGAGCUUGAAAAUGUCGUAAUUUAGGAUCGGGAGCUGGGUUUUCAGGAGCGCUCUGGGCUUCAGGUCACUCCCGGGGUUGCUGAUCUAUGUUGAUAGGCUCCGCAAAAAUCACCACGCUUCCACCGAAAUCGGUGAAAAUCUCCGACGCUGAGAAUAAGGGACCAGAAAUGGAUGCCAGCGUGAGCUGGUCAUCAAAACAAAGCCAUGAUUUGAAUGAAAUACCAGAAACAUCUUCAGAGGGAAGAACGGAAAUUCUGUAUGGUGGAGAGCUGCAGAAUUGGUCCUAUUUUCACUCAAGGAAAAAACCAAACAAAAAAAGUUUAAAUUCUCUGUGAAAACAAUCCCAGGCUGAACCAAGUAUUUAUAUUAUAAAACCAAAAUAUUCUGUUCAGAUCUGGAUCUUUUAGCACAUUUGAUCAUAGAAAGUACUUCAGAAGGAAGUCACUUUAAGGAAAAAAAAAAAAACCCAAGAACAUUUUCCCUUCUGAAGCUUCUGAACUUUCCUCUUUUCAUCCCCUUUCGGACAAAAUUUCCAUAAAAUAAAAAAAAAAAAGACUUGCCAGUACGCUUGAAUCUGUUGAGCUGCAUUCUCUCUCCUGUGAAAAAAUGAUUCUGUUCCAAGGGUCCCUGGGCAGCUUGAGACUUCAGAAAUGACAAAACCUGUGAGCCUCAAGAAACUAGCUGUUACCCAGGGGAAGUUAUGAGCGGCAGCCAUCAAUUCACGGCCCCCCUGCGACCCUGGCUCUGCGUCGUGCUUACCUGCAGUGGGGUGAACGGGAGAGCUGUAGGUGAAAGUCAUGUACGACCCUGCUGGAGGACGGGACACGAGGAGGUUCCAUGCUUCCCUUAACCCGUUGGAACAGGAAUAUGAAUGUUUGUAAUAAAAUAAUUAUAACAGCUCGCUUUGGAUCUGCUUAUAAAGUCACGUACGCUCCCUGCGAGCUCCUGCAGGUGCUUUCGAGACAACAAAUGUAUGCAACCACUGAACGUACCAAUAACGUUUGCUGACUUUAAUAUAAAUCAGUAAUGAACAAAACGUAUCUUACUAAUAAAAGAUAACCUUAGGGGGAACUGAUUGUAAAAUGCGUAUGAUAUUAUUUACAUUUCUUUUUGCCAUCGAGAAACCUCCUACGCCACAAUCAGCUCAUGUCAAAAGACAAACAAUAAAAAAUAAUAAUAAUAAUAAUAAUAGGUCAAUACACAAACAUCGUAAGACAGUCUUAUCCUGGAAAUGCCAUUUGUUGAAAACAGCCUUCUAUUAAAAUAAAAGUUAUAGAAAACUCAUACCUGACAAUGUCCCGUCAGAAACAUCUGAACAUAUAUACGCAGAGUAACUUGGGAAUGUGAAAAACACAGAUGACAAACAAUUUCUGGAUAACACGACGAUCCCAUGACUCCCACUUCUGUUAGUUACCGAGCUUUUUCAUGUAUGUAAACAAAUUUUUUCUCUCGCGGUAUGCAACAAAAAAUCAGCAUAAACUUUGUAGAGCCAUUUCAUGCAGGUUACGCUAACCGAGUAAGGCAGUGAAGUGCCCGGAAGCUGUGAGGUUUUUGUAUCUGUAUAUACAGGCAAUUUCAACAAAAUACUACAGCAUUUAUCUUACAUUUACAGAAGUAAAUAUAAACGGCUAGUUAUGGGGGUUUUUGGCUAAUUAUUAGCAGAAGCUUAAGCAAAUCAGUGGCUAAUUUCAUAAACAGAAGAUGAAAAAAGUUUUUUGUUUUUUUGUUUUUUUUUUUUUUUCCUGGAGUAAUUCUUGAGACCUUAAAAUUCUUGGUCCUUAGGGAGAUGAGAACUGUCCUUUAUUCAGUAGAUCUUAACAGUGCAAUGUGCAAUAAUUCCUAAGACCAUCUACAAAUUUUCGGCAGUAGACUCCAGUAGAGCUCCUUGAUUCAAGGAAGGAAGGAAGGUAGGUAGGUAGGUUUUUAUUUCUUGCCUGCUCUAGUCACGAAGAAUGUAAAAAAAUUCCCUUAAUUUUUAUUAAUGAUUCCUACAGUCGCUGUCUUGUUACUUCAGAUAUAAAGGCUUCACACUGAGAUACUGAAGGACACUUUUCUCUCUGCAUUCAGUUGAAAGGUGGAAAGAGAAAAGAACAUAAGAAAAGCUUAAAGUGUGGAAGUGUAAAACACAGAGUUAAGUCACUACCAGAACUAACAGCACUAACAGCAUGCAUCAAAGGUGUUUCAAUGAAGUCAAGAGGAGGACAGAACGCCAAAGACGAGCUUUAUAAAAAGGCAGUUUCCUUGUAGUACAGAAUGCUUUUUGGUUUGUUAAACUACUCUUUUAGAUUCAUCUGUCCCUUUCUAAGAACUGACUUCAACAUGACUUAUUUCUUUCAACUUCUUCAAGAGAUUUGAAGACUAAAAAUAAAUGUAAUUUUGACAGGCAAAAGGCUAAAUGGGAUGAAGUUCCCUGCCUACACAGGCAAGACAACUGCUGUGAAGCGCCCUGGUCUGGCUUGACUCAUAAGCAAAGUAGAAGCCAGUUAAGCAAGCAGUAUUUACAUCUGGUUAAUGCAAUGUGCACUUGUUCUUAUAUGUAAUGCUGUUAGUUUGUUGUAAAUGAAAUUAAUCUCAUUUACAUUUUGGGCAGGAAACUCACCACUUGGCCCACAUCUCAUCUAGUGGGCAAUAGAAUUAGGAGCUUUGUUGCUCCCUAGACCUGCUUUUUGAAUUUCUGCUUUCUGGGAUAGCUUCCACAUCUGCAGAGAAAAGCAUUUCAUGUUAUUCAUUGUGUUUAUCAGGACAUGAACAAAACCCCUCAUGCAUAAAUACAUUCUACUUAUUAGUAGAGCUAAAGGAUAUAUAAACACUUUUUUUUUUUUUCUUUUUUUGAGGAAAGGACAGAGGAGAGGGAUAGAAGAAACUCACUGGAAGUGCCUCCUCAACUACGCUCAUUACAAUUCAUCUUAGCAUUUAAAAUAACCAGGUACUAUUUUCAAAGCCCCAAUCAGAUAUGCUUAACUCUAACCCUAAACUUCUGUCUGUAUGAAAAAGAAAAAAAAUAAAUCAGAUGUAAUCAAGGCUGACUGUACCUAGCAGAGAACUUAACUCAUCUUUGCAUUUUUACCUGCUACGCAUUGACAGAAACGUUCACAUUCCGUUCUGCAAACCAGAAAAUUAUCUUUGCAUGCAACAGCUUGAACGUGCAAAAUGCAGUAUCUUAAAUUUACUAUUCACUUCAAGCAAAGCAUCAGGCAAACCUUUAACUGCAAGCAAAUUAUUGAGCCUGAACAACAAACCCUUUUUUGGCUGGCAGCCACAUAUUGAGAGUUCAUAAUUCCCAUGCAAAGUCCUAACUUGUCAUUU